AUGGCUUACCAGAGCCCUCCGGAAACCCCUUCGUCUUCGGGCGCCCACACGCCGGCACACUCGUCCGCCAACCCUUCGCUGUCCAACUCCAUGAUAUCGACAAUGUGGUCCGGUCUCGUUCGCCGCUUCUCCUCCGACGUCCCCGAAUCCUACGGCGGCCAUGGCCACCCUCACGAGCCCUCGCACCUAUCCCACGCCCACACCGAGCCCGCGGGCGGCGGUGCCUUCAUGGACGGCAUCAAUGGCGUUUUCAUGCCCUCCCACAUCAAACGCACCGCGAGCCCCUUCCGACCGCCGCCGUUAGACCCUAUCGUUCUUCACGGGUUCAAGGAGAGCACGCCCCAGAGCGCACGACUGCUGAGCCCCGGCGUCGCGGAAGAGAUCCGCAUCAUGCUCCCGGAGCGACUACGGAUCAUGGAGGACUGGAAGCUGGUAUACAGCCUGGAACAAGAUGGGGCCAGCCUGGCAACUCUCUACCAGAAGGCAGCCAUGUACCAGGGCCGGAGAGUUGGGUUCGUUUUGGUCGUUAGAGACGACGCUGGUGGCACAUUCGGCGCCUACCUCUCCGAAUAUCCCCGCCCGGCACCCAAGUACUUCGGAAACGGCGAGUGCUUCCUCUGGCGCGCCUCGACACUCACCCCCCUCCCGCCUCCGCCCUCCGCCGACACAACGAACCUCACCCGGAUAACCACCGUCGCGAGCCCGGUCCGUUCGACCUUCUCCGACGACGACCGCGCCCAGCCGUCGCCCGCACCGAGCGAGUCGAUCCGCUUCAAGGCGUUCCCGUACUCGGGCAUCAACGACUACUACAUCAACUGCGAGACGGGCUUUCUGAGCGUCGGAGCCGGCGACGGCCACUACGGCCUGUGGCUCGACGACAGCCUCAACCGUGGCCACAGCGGGCGCAGCCAUACCUUUGGCAACGAGCCGCUAAGCGACGAGGGCGAGAAGUUUGGGGUAUUGGGUGUUGAGCUCUGGGUAUUGGGAGCCUGA